AUGUCCAACCAGACAGUGGAAGAAGAGAUUGCAGAAUCAGAAGAAAGAACGAAGCAAUGUAUUCGGCAAUAUGUUCAACUAUCCAUCGAAACAGAAGCUAAUCGUCGAAUUAAGACUUUAGUUAAAGAACCAUAUUAUCAAAACAAUAACCAAACUUCUGCUACCUCUUUCACCUCAGAUCCUUUUGCCACAUCGUCAAAUAUCUACGAAGAUCAACAGGAACCAAACGAAGUCUGCCUUGACGGCUACAUUGAAUCUAUAGCCACAUUUGCUCUUCGUAUGCGUAAAGAGUAUCAUAAUCUUGCUGCUUGUAGUAAAUCAGAUGUCUCUCUUGGAUUAAAUUCUAUCCUAGACAUCGAUUCUCUUCCUAUUGGUUUCGAGGAAGAAAGCGAGCAGCUCAACGCUUCUAAAAGAUACAAGAUCAAUAAAUAUGAUCAACUUUUGGAGCCUUUGAAAGCUAUCGGUAGUAUAUACGAUAGUGAAAAAAAUGAUUUUGAAAACUGGACAAAUAUACACAAAGAAGUCAGGAAAUAUAUCUUAAAUACUCACAAUGAUAUUCGCUUCUGUGCUGACUUGUUCAUUCGGAUCUUAGACGUCAUCUUAUAUCAUUCUCCUCUCGUUGAAGGUGAAAUCCGUUAUUCCAAAUGGGAUCAUGUAGUCAGGUUCUGGGGUGCUGUUAUGGAGAGUUUGUUUAGAUACACGGAGCUAGGUUUAACACGGGAUGAUGCUUACUUGACCAUAUCAGACAUGUUUUUAAAAAAGACAUGCAUUGAAGAAAGAAAAGAGAAUACCUUCGACUAUCUGGGUCCUUUCGAAGAGGAAUACCAAAAUCAUACCUUUAUAAGGCACUUUAGUAGAAGAUCCAAAGUACUACUGAAGAGCAAGUCUGCUAUCGACAACUUCUUACAAAAUGGGUGCUUAAUUUAUUCAGUAGAUUCGCUCCAAUUUAAAAGUUUUGAACUUAACAUCAUCAAUACGACUCUUGCUGAUCCAGGUGUCUAUACAGGUUCCACCUUCUACAAAAUACAGAUUAAGAAGUCUCUUUGUGAUUUUGGUGAAUAUAUCACUCUGGCAUCUCAAUUGCUCUGUUUUCGUGAUAGAUGUAUUGAAAUCUAUAAACAAUAUGAAACUCAUUUAAAAAGCAAGCGUACCAGCGAUGUCUCCGGUAAGAGAAGUUGCCAGGAUUCACCAAAUAAUGAUCUGAUCUACAGGAAAAGUCUGAUUUGUGAAAGCUGGUAUCCACCUCGUACAUCUAGUACUCCACCUCCACCUCCACCUGACAAACUGUUUGGCCGUGCUUGGUAA